AUGUCGGGACGGAAGCAGGAAAAGGAGCUGGACUCCACAUCGAUCAAAUCGCUCGCUUCAACCAGCAGCGAUUCUGCUGAUAUUCCAGCUGCCAUUCCUCGUCCGCGCAAUCUCUCAGAUCCAUACAAAGGACAGGAAAGGAGGUCUGGCGUGAAUUCAAACCCCAUCACGCCAUUAGACCGAUUCUCCGGAUCCUAUCUGGACGACGCUGCCUCUUAUUAUGAUCCAGAUGAUGACUAUGCGCUGUCUGUGCAAAGGACGGCGACUAUACAAGAAGAAACGGACGCCGCAGGGCCACGAUCUGUUGACCUAGAAAAGGGUCCGACGAUCGACCAAGUCCUCGAAAGAUCCAGUACCGUCAGAUCCACCCUUCGUGAUGCAUCGAAAUUCGUAACUUGGGAUGGACCGGAUGACCCAGAGAACCCUAAAAACUGGCCACUUAAGUGGAAAUGGGCAGCCACCGUCUCCGUUUCACUCUUCACAUUCAUCUCCCCGGUGUCGAGUAGUAUGGUCGCCCCAGCUCUCGUCAACAUUGCCGAGGACCUGCAUAUCACGCAAGAGUUCACUCUGCAGUUAACGUUAUCCAUGUUUAUCCUUGCCUACGCCGUCGGUCCCCUGUUCAUCGGGCCCCUGUCGGAAGUAUACGGCCGCAUGGUCGUCCUCCAGCUCUCGAAUCUGAUAUUCCUGGCCUUCAACAUCGGAUGUGCAUUUUCCCAGACAACAACACAGCUUCUGGUCUGUCGAUUUUUCGCAGGACUGGGCGGAAGUGCCUCGUUAGCGGUCGGCGGCGGUGUCCUAGCAGACUGCUUCCGCCCCGAAGAGCGCGGGAAAAGCGUUUCGAUGUACAGCCUCGCGCCCCUCCUGGGACCCGCGGUCGGUCCCAUUGCGGGAGGCUUCAUCGCCGAGCGAACGACGUGGCGCUGGGUCUUCUACGCCACCUCGAUCGCCGACGCCUGUAUCCAGGUAAUCGGCCUAUUCUUCCUGCGCGAGUCCUACGCCCCGGUCAUCCUCGCCGCCCGCGCCGCACGGCUCCGCAAAGAAACCGGCGACGAGACAUACUACACCGAAGCCGAUCUCGCGAAGAAGUCCCUCUCUCAAACCGCCGAUCAGGCGCUCCUGCGCCCAUUCCGCCUCAUCCUCACGCAGCCCAUCGUGCAAGUCAUGGCCCUCUUCAUGGCCUACAUCUACGGCACCAUGUACCUCGUUCUCUCCUCCUUCCCGACCCUCUGGACCAGCCCGAAAUACUACAACGAGUCCCCCGGCAUCGGCAGCCUCAAUUACCUCUCCCUCGCCCUCGGUCUCUGGACCGGCACGCAAGUCACCGCGCCGCUCAACGACCGCGUCUACCGCGCCCUCAUGGCCCGCAACAACGGCGUCGGCCGCCCCGAGUUCCGCCUCCCGCUGAUGGUGAUUACCGCGCUGUGCAUGCCGGUGGGGUUCUUCAUCUACGGCUGGACAGCCGAGGCGCACUGCCACUGGAUCGCGCCCAACAUCGGCGCCUUCAUCAUGAGUAUCGGGCUGGUGGUUGGCUUCCAGUGUAUCCAGACCUACGUGAUUGACACCUAUACGCGGUAUGCGGCGAGUGCGCAGGCGGCGGUGGCGUUUCUGCGCUCGAUCGCCGGGUUCGGGUUUCCGCUGUUCGCACCGUAUAUGUAUAAUGCGCUGGCGUACGGGUGGGGCAAUAGCGUUUUGGCGUUUGUGGCUAUUGCGCUGGGGAUUCCGACGCCGAUCUUCUUGUGGUUUUAUGGCGAGCGGUUGCGGAAGCGGACUACAUAUGCUGCUGGUUAA